UCUAUCCUCUUCAUCCAUCUAGGGUGUAUUAAACCGUUGUUUACCUGUUGGUAGUUACUAUUCUUGAGUGACUCAUAUCUGCUCUUAUCGGCACGGCUGUAAAUUUUCGAUACCCCGCCUGAGGUUCACCAUAUUCCUUCCCCUCUCCUACGAUCAGCAUCAUUUUCUAGGAAUUCCUCCACAAUCACCCCCUACAAUGGCGUCCAUAGAUCCUAACGUUCCGAUGACUUCCUUGCCCUAUACGUGCAACACCUGCCUGGUGGCCUUCCGCAGCAGCGAUGCGCAGCGGGACCACAUGCGCAAGGAUUGGCAUCUGUAUAACAUGAAACGCCGCAUCGCGACCCUCCCUCCCGUGUCCCAGGACACUUUUAACGAAAAAGUCCUCGCCGCCAAGGCGAGCACGACGGCAGCGGCAGCGCGGGCCUCGUUCGAAAAGUCCUGCGCCGCCUGCCAGAAGACCUUCUACAGCGAGAACUCGUACCAGAACCACAUCAAGAGCUCCAAGCACCGUGCGCGGGAGGCCCGCCUGGAUCGCGACGACGCAGACGACCGCUCGUCGGUGAUGAGCUCGACGUUCUCGCUGGGCGAACCGAUCAACAAGCCGCAGACGGAGGUGUCGAAGGUCACCAACGGGCUGCAGAAGACGACGCUGCAGGAAGAGGACAACGAGGACGCCGAGGGCGACGCGGAGAUGGAAGACGAGGGUGUGUUCUCGCCCGCGCGCUGCCUCUUCUGCAACGUCAAGAGCGCCUCCGUCGAUGACAACACGACUCACAUGCUCAAGAGCCACGGCAUGUUCAUCCCCGAGCGCGACUACCUCGUUGACCUCGAGGGUCUCCUGAACUAUCUCUACCGCAAGAUCAGCGAAAACUCCGAGUGUAUCUACUGCCACAGCGUGCGGAACAACGCCGAGGGCGCCCGCACGCACAUGCGCGACAAGGGCCACUGCAUGAUCGCCUUCGAGACCGAGGCCGAGCAGGUCGAGAUCGGCCAGUACUACGACUUCCGCAGCACAUACUCGGACGGCGAGGACGACGACGAAGAAGACGAAGCGCUGGAAGACGGCGGCGUCAAGGUCAACAGCGAAGGCGACGAGGGCGACGAAGGCUGGGAGACCGAGACGGAAGCCUCCUCCAUGGACGAAGACGAAGACGACGACGGAGACCUUCCCGCCAGCAAGAACCCCGUCUACGCCACCGAAUACGAGCUGCACCUACCGUCCGGCAAGAGCGUCGGCCACCGCUCGCUGCAGCGCUACUACCGCCAGAACCUGCGUCAUUACCCGACGGCCGAGGAGCGCGCCGAGCGCCAGCUGAUGAUCGAGAACGGCGAGCUCGUCGAGGAAGAGAAGCCGUCUAUGGCGCGCAACCAGAACCGCGCUGUCGUCAGCCGCGCCAACGGCGGCACGGGCAUGAUCGGCGUGACGGACUCCCAGCGCCGUCUGGCGACCGAGUCGGAGAAGAAGGAGCGCACGCGUGCGCUUCGCCAGGAACAGAGGAUCACGGCGCGGGUGCAGCGUGCUGCCAACAACCAGAAGCAUUAUCGGGAUCCCCUCCUGCAAUGAUUCAUUCAAUCCCAUUGCUGUGCAGCUGUUUCUCUCACGUCUUGUUUCCUUCUUCCUUUGUUUACCAUGCAUCAAUGAUGACCGGUUCUGUGGGUUCGGCGUUUACACUCGUGGCAUAUGCAUAUAGUAGAAAUCAUAUGGCCGCAUAAAAGUUGAUAGUGGGUAGUAUUUUUGUAGAU